AUGCAGUUUCAAGCACUUAGACUCUUUGAGAGAGCAUACAAGCGUGUGCCUUUGAUCAGAUUCCCAAAUAGACAUGCUGGUGAGACACAUGUCAAUCUGUCUACUCCAAAGACAACAACUACAACUACUACAGCCACUCCAACAGCUGCACCAACACCAUCAUCAUCAACAAAGAAAGGCAACUUUGUGUAUAUUACAGCUGCCCAAGCACCAAAGAGACUAAAGCUGUCCACUACUGAGAUGGAUCUUGUUUCACUUGGUGGUGCCAUCGAGGUUGCCAAGCCAGCAAAGUCAGGCAAGCCAGCAAAGAAAUAA